GUGUGUGAUGAUAACAGCUACAACCAUGUCAAUGAAGAAUCCAAUUGGUUUAAGAGUGAUGAUGUUUAUGAUGUGCGUGGUGUCGCAGGUUGUUAAUGGAGAACAGCCAAUGAGAUGCCUUCCAAAGGAGAGGGAAGCACUCCUCCAAUUCAAGGCUGCCAUUGUCGAUCCCUAUGGCAUGCUAUCAUCUUGGACCUCACCUCACUGCUGCCAAUGGGAGGGGAUUCGCUGCAGCAACCUCACCUCCCAUAUUUCAAUCCUCGACCUUCACGGAGAAUAUCCAUAUGACUCUGGACCUUAUCUGAGCGGAGAGAUCCACAAGUCGUUGAUGGAGUUGCCACAAUUACAGUAUUUGAACCUCAGUUCUAAUUAUUUUCAAGACACUCACAUCCCAGAGUUUCUUGUCUCUCUAAGAAACUUGAAAUACCUUGAUUUGUCUCAUUGUGAUUUUGGCGGAAGAAUUCCAAGUCAGUUAGGUUCUCUUUCUCAUUUGAAAUACUUAAAUCUUGCUUUGAAUUAUUUAGAGGGUUCAAUCCCUCAUCAGCUUGGAAAUCUCUCCCAAUUGCAGCAUCUUGAUCUCAGAGGCAAUCUUUUAGAAGGAAAUAUAGCACCUCAACUUGGAAAUCUCUCCCAAUUGCAUGAGCUCUAUCUUGGAGGAUAUUACCGUUAUCUCAAUAUCAGCGACGGAGGUCAGUGGCUCUCAAAUCUCAUUUCUUUAGCCCAUCUUUCUUUGGACUCUGUAUCAAAUCUUAAUACUUCUCAUACUUGGUUGCAAGUGAUUGCGAAGCUACCCAAACUAAGAGAACUAAGUUUAGUUGAUUGUAGCCUUUCCGAUCAUUUCAUUCUCUCAUCCAAACAUUCUAAGUUCAAUUUCUCUACUUCCCUCUCUGUCCUUGAUCUUUCUGGGAACACCUUUACAUCACCAAUGGUAUUCCGGUGGGUCUCAAACAUCACUUCCAACCUUGUUCAUCUUGACCUUAGUGAUAACAAUUUGAUUGAAGACCUUCCCUCCAUUCUCGGUAAUUUAUCCAGUGGAUGCGUUAGACACUCAUUGCAAGAAUUAGAUCUCAGAGGUAAUUACAUCAUUGGCACUUUUCCUGACAUUUCAGUAUUCUCUUCUUUGAAAACGUUGCUUCUUAAUGGAAAUAAGUUAAGUGGAAUAAUACCUGAAUGUGUGAAGUUACCAUCUCCUUUGGAGAGUUUGUCAGUUCGGUCAAAUUCAUUACAAGGUGGAAUUCCAAAAUCAUUUGGCAAUGCAUGUUCUUUGUUGUCAUUGGACAUCUCUAGUAAUGGCUUGAGUGAUGAUCUUCCGAUGAUAAUUUCUCACUUGUCUGGAUGUGCUAGAUAUUCAUUGCAAGUAUUAAGACUAAACAUGAAUCAAAUCAGUGGCACACUACCUGACUUUUCAACAUUCAUAUCUUUAAAAAUAUUAUAUCUUGGCAACAAUCAGCUAAAUGGAGAGAUUCCUAUGGACAUUCAAUUUCCACCUAAAUUGGAGGAGCUCUACAUCUCUUCAAAUUCUUUAAAAGGUUUGCUGACUGACUACCACUUUUCUAAUAUGUCUAAGUUAGAGUACUUGGAUUUAUCUGAUAACUCAUUGGGCUUGGCAUUCACUCAAAACUGGAUUCCACCUUUUCAAUUGCUAUUUAUACACUUGAGAUCUUGCCAGCUAGGUCCAACAUUUCCCAUGUGGUUGCAGACACAAAAUAAAUUUGUCACUAUUGACAUUUCGAAUGCUACAAUAUCAGGUAUUAUUCCUGAAUGGUUUUGGGCUAAAUUACCUCUACAAAAAGUGUUCUAUCCUUUAUUUCUAAGGAAUUAUGCAAUUCUUGAUCUAUCGAAAAAUAAAUUUUCAAAUACUCUUUCAUUUUUGUGUGGAGAUGAUGCAAUUUCAAUUCAAACUCAUUUAGACAUUUCAUAUAAUCAGUUAUCCGGAAAUAUCCCAGAUUGUUGGAAACAAAUUAACUCACUAGUUUAUUUAGAUUUAAGCCACAAUAACUUUUCCGGAAAAAUUCCAACUUCAAUGGGAUGGCUUCUUGAUCUUGAAGCAUUAUUGUUGAGAAACAACAAUUUAGUAGAAGGAAUCCCUUUCUCCAUAAAAAAUUGCACAUGGCUAAUAAUGCUUGAUUUGUCAGAAAACAAAUUGUCAGGAUCUAUCCCUGAUUGGAUUGGGACAAAAGAAGUAUUGAAAAUAUUAAGUUUGGGAAAAAAUCAAUUCUUUGGGAGUUUACCAAUCACGGUUUGUUGUUUAAGAAGCAUCCAGGUCUUAGAUCUCUCAUUGAACAAUUUAUCUGGAAAAAUUCCUAAAUGCAUAAACAACCUUAUUUCAAUGGCCGCCGAAACAGAAUAUUAUUCUGUGUCUCAUUCAUAUGAUUUGGAAGCAUGGUUGACAUGGAAAGGUUCAAAACAAAUUUUUAUGGAUGAAAGUCUGGAACUUCUAAAAAACAUUGAUCUCUCAAGCAAUCAUUUUUCAGAAGAAAUUCCUGUAGAAAUAGAGAAAUUAUCUGGUCUGAUUUCAUUGAACUUAUCAAGAAACAAUUUGAUUGGAAAAAUUCCUUCAAGCAUUGGAAACUUAACAUCACUUGAGACUCUUGAUUUGUCAAGAAACCAAUUGGUUGGUUCAAUUCCUUCAAGUCUUGCUCAAAUUUAUUUUCUUAGUGUGUUAGAUUUAUCUUAUAAUCAUCUAAGUGGAGAAAUUCCAACAAGCACACAAUUACAGAGUUUUAAUACAUCCAGCUAUGAAGAUAAUCUUGGUCUCUGUGGACCGCCACUUGAGAAGUUUUCUGGAUAG